AGUGAAGUGCACAGUAGCACCUGGCGACUUGGAUUCUGGACACGGUCACAAACACCGUUUUUCUCCCAGUGAUUGCAACUUCACCAUCUGCUUCAUAAAUCAUCCAUCUUCCUUUCGGUCGUCAUUUGUUUGACCUCUUCAAUUCUUUGAUCUUUUUCUCCUGUGUCUCAAAGUCCCUUCAUUCACCCUCCUUCUUCUCUUAUCUACCCUUCAUUCAGAUCCUUGUCUCACUCUUACAUUUUCCCUUCAACACAUCACUCCUUGUUCCUUCUUGUUCGCGUCUACAUCUACCUCUGCCUCUGCGCAGUCACUUUAUUGCCACCAUGGCCGACAUUCUCAAAUCUAUCUCUCCCCCCUCCCUCGACCGCCCUUUUGGUAUCGCCCUAUGGCCAAUCUUCAACAAGGCUUUCGAGCGCGUUGUUGGCCACCCCGCCGACAAUUUUCUAUUCGUCUCCGGGGUCACCCCGAUGUCCACCUUGAAAGAGACUGCCAUUGGACUCGUCGCAUACUAUGUCAUUAUUUUUGGUGGCCGUGAGCUGAUGAAGAAUCGUCAGGCCUUUGUGCUCAAUGGCCCCUUCAUGGUUCACAAUUUCUACCUGACUCUCAUCUCUGGCAUUCUUCUGGCUCUCUUCAUUGAACAACUUCUGCCAACCGUGGUUCGAGGAGGCAUCUUCCACGCCAUUUGCGAGUAUAAUGGAGGUUGGACAAGGCAACUCGUCGUUCUAUACUAUUUGAACUACCUCACCAAGUACCUCGAACUUAUCGACACCCUCUUCCUUGUCCUUAAGAAGAAGCCGCUUACUUUCCUACACACCUAUCACCAUGGCGCCACUGCCUUGCUUUGCUACACUCAACUAAUUGGCAAUACCGCCGUCUCCUGGGUUCCUAUCACCCUCAACUUGACCGUUCACGUUGUCAUGUAUUGGUACUACUUCCAAUCAGCCCGAGGUAUCCGCAUCUGGUGGAAGAAGUAUAUCACCAUGCUCCAAAUCCUCCAAUUCGUCAUCGAUCUUGGCUUCGUCUACUUUGCCUCGUACACCUAUUUUACCAGCACCUAUUUCCCUCACUUGCCAAAUGCCGGUUCCUGUGCCGGCGAGGAAUUUGCCGCCUUUGCUGGGAUGGGAAUUCUGAGCUCUUACCUGCUGUUGUUCAUCUCAUUCUACCUGGCCACUUAUCGCAAGCAAGGCGUGUCCGGUCGUCCUAGAAGAAACACCGGAAGAGAAGCUCUCAUCGCCAUGAAGGAUCUGCCACUUCCCGACCCACAUAAAAUCCCCGAGUCAUCCCACAGUGACCACAAGAGCAAUGGCGCCGUCGCCACUGGUCGAUCGAGCGGCCCCACCACUCGGUCAAGAAAGGCUUAGGCAGCUGGUGUCGACGACCGUUUCGACGACCAGGUCUUACCCGCAUUGGCCACUGGAACACAGGGUCGAGAGAGUUGUUCGUCCACUUCUGGGCAGCUCAAUUGCCUGCCAGGAUCCACACGUCACAGACCUCUAAAUCGAGUCGCGAAAUAUUCAGAGUUUCUAUCUUGGCCGGAUCAGCGAUUGAACGGCGGCGGAACAUGAGUGAGGUGUGCUUGCUCGAGAGCGUCUGCCAGCAGUUGGCGCUUUCGCACAAUGUACUUUAUAUGGGGUGCGACAAGGCGGCAUGUUUGCCGGUGGAUUUCAGGUCAAACCCACCGCGCCAUCUGUGCUUGUCUCAUUUGAUUUUGCUUCAUGUGUGUAACUAGAUGCAUACUACCACUUAUUAAUGCACGACGGUAAUGCGGAAGAAAGACAGGCGAGGAGGCGGAAGAAAGGCUCUACGCCAGCAAAAGGGGUUGAGCCAGUGCUGAGAAUGGCUCAGUAGUAAAUAUAUCCAGAGACAAAACAAAGUGUCCAAAAACGCUACCUGUGUCGAGGCGCUCGGUCUCGGUUUUUGCCACCACCGUGGCACUUUGCAUACCAUCAGUUACCUGUAGCCCAUCAGGCCGUGAGUCAGUCGGCGGCCUGAUAGG